AUGUCUUCACAGGCAAAUAAUCAAAUAUCAGUGAAGUUGGUGUUGCUUGGUGAAGCAGCAGUGGGAAAGUCGUCGCUUGUUUUGAGGUUUGUUUCCAACGACUUUGAAGAGAACAAAGAGCCUACUAUUGGAGCAGCAUUUCUCACGCAAAGGUGUAUAAUUGGUGAUAAGAACAUCAAGUUUGAGAUAUGGGAUACUGCUGGACAGGAAAGGUUUGCAAACUUGACACCGUUGUAUUACAGAAAUGCACAGGCAGCAUUGGUUGUCUAUGAUGUGACAAAACCUUCUAGUUUUAUCAAGGCACGUCAUUGGGUAAAAGAAUUACAUGAGCAGGCAUCAAAGAAUAUAGUCAUUGCACUUGUCGGAAAUAAAUUUGACCUCAUUUUGGACCCUGAGUCUGGUGAGGAGAUUGAAGGUGCACGAAAGGUUUCAAUUGAUGAAGGUAAAACCCUAGCAGAGGAAGAGAAUUUAUUAUUCUUUGAGACCAGUGCUAAGACGGGACUUAAUGUUAACAAGGUCUUUACCACGAUAGGAGAGAAGAUUCCUGACACUACAAAACAAGGCGAGAAUGAUGAUGAGGGCAAUUCAAAUAGGAUUGACUUGAGUGCGCCUGCACAAAAUGAUAUUCACAACAGUGCAUGCUCAUGCUAA